UUUAGCGGCCCGAGCCCCACCGAGGCCAGCAUGUCCCUGCAGAGGAUCGUGCGUGUGUCCCUGGAGCAUCCCACCAGCGCCGUGUGUGUGGUUGGCGUGGAGACCCUCGUGGACAUUUACGGGUCGGUACCUGAGGGCACGGAGAUGUUCGAGGUGUAUGGGACUCCCGGUGUGGACGUCUACAUCUCUCCUAGUAUGGAGAGGGGCCGGGAGCGUGCGGACACCAGGCGGUGGCACUUUGAUACUGGGUUGGAGAUCAUCGUGGUCAUGAACUCUCCCAGCAACGACCUCAAUGACAGUCAUGUUCAGAUUUCCUACCACUCCAGCCAUGAGCCCCUGCCCCUGGCCUAUGCGGUGCUCUACCUCACCUGUGUUGACAUCGCUCUGGAUUGUGACCUGAACUGCGAGGGCAGGCAGGACAGGAGCUAUGUGGACAAGCGGCAGUGGGUCUGGGGCCCCAGAGGGUAUGGAGCCGUCCUGCUGGUGAACUGUGACAGGGAUGAUGUAACCUGUUAUGACCAGGACAACUGUGACCGGCACGUGAACUGCCUGCAAGACCUGGAAGACAUGUCCGUCAUGGUCCUGAGGACGCAAGGCCCUGCCGCCCUCUUCGACGACCACAAACUUAUCCUCCACACUUCGAGCUAUGACGCCAAGUGGGCACGGGUCUUCCACGCCUGUGGUCCCGAAGACUCGUGUGAGGCCUACCGGCACGUGCUGGGCCAGGACAAGGUGUCGUACGAGGUGCCCCGCUUCCAUGGGGACGAGGAGCGCUUCUUCGUGGAGGGCCUCUCGUUCCCCGAUGCCCGCUUCACGGGGCUCGUGUCCUUCCACGUCACUCUGCUGGAUGACUCCAACGAGGAUUUCUCCGAGUCCCCGAUCUUCACCGACACCGUGGUGUUCCGUGUGGCGCCCUGGAUUAUGACGCCCAGCACCCUGCCACCCCUGGAGGUGUAUGUGUGCCAGGUGCGGAACAACACGUGCUUUGUGGACGCGGUGGCGGAGCUGGCCAGGAAGGCCGGCUGUAAGCUGACCGUCUGCCCGCAGAAGGAGAACCGCAAUGACCGCUGGAUCCAGGACGAGAUGGAGCUGGGCUAUGUCCAGGCGCCACACAAGACUUUCCCGGUGGUCUUUGACUCCCCCAGGAACGGGGAACUGCAAGACUUCCCUUACAAAAGAAUCCUGGGCCCAGAUUUCGGCUAUGUGACUCGGGAACCGCAGGACAGCUCUGUGAGUGGCCUGGACUCCUUCGGGAAUCUGGAGGUCAGCCCCCCAGUGGUGGCCGAUGGGAAAGAGUACCCCCUGGGGAGGAUCCUCAUCGGCGGCAACCUGCCUGGGUCCAGCGGCCGCCGGGUCACCCAGGUGGUGCGGGACUUCCUCUAUGCGCAGAGGGUACAGCCUCCAGUGGAGCUCUUUGUGGACUGGUUGGCCGUGGGCCACGUGGAUGAGUUUCUGAGCUUCGUCCCUGCGCCAGACGGGAAGGGCUUCCGGAUGCUCCUGGCCAGCCCCAGCGCCUGCUUCAAGCUCUUCCAGGAAAAGCAGAAGUGGGGCCACGGCAGGGCCCUCCUGUUCAAAGGGGUUGUUGGGGAUAAGCCGGUCCACACCGUUUCCAUCAACCAGGUCCUCUCCAACGUAAACCUCAUCAGCUACAAUAAGUUUGUGCAGAGCUGCAUCGACUGGAACCGGGAGGUGCUGAAGCGGGAGCUGGGCCUGACGGAGCGGGACAUCGUGGACAUCCCCCAGCUCUUCAAGACGGAGAGGAAAAAGGCGGUGGCCUUCUUCCCUGACUUGGUGAACAUGCUGGUGCUGGGGAAGCACCUGGGCAUCCCCAAGCCCUUCGGGCCCAUCAUCAACGGCCAGUGCUGCCUGGAGGAGAAGGUGCGGUCCCUGCUGGAGCCGCUGGGCCUGCACUGCACCUUCAUCGACGACUUCACCCCGUACCACAUGCUGCACGGGGAGGUCCACUGUGGCACCAAUGUGCGCCGACAGCCCUUCUCCUUCAAGUGGUGGAACAUGGUGCCCUGAGCCCGCCUCACCCGCCCCCAUUAUGCUCUCCCCCGGGAGGACAUCUGCCGGCCUUGAACAAUAAGCAUCAAGAGACCCCCAAGGUUCCAGAUAGCAUGCUGGUGGGGGGGUGGGGACUGUCUCUCUCAGAAGCCUUUUCCCUAGAAGUGUUCACACAUCACUUGCAACCGAUUUGGUUCUCGGACUUGAUUCCUGUUGGCCCUCCCAAGAAGAAAGACCUCACUUCUUGUGGCCUCUCCUGAGGAUCAACAUGACUAAUGGGGACUCCUCCAAACCUCCCCCUUCUCGUCCCCAAAUCCUCCGUGUGGGAUCUUAUUUACUUUGGGAUCUAAAAACAUUCAUGCAUCUCAUCCGCCAUCUUGACCUGUGCGUCCUAAACGAGGAAGGACCUACAAUUCUGCUUGGAUCUGAUUGCUUCUCACUCUUACAGGGGAACAGCAUUAAAGUCAGAUCCCUCCUCCCAGGAGAGAGUCUACUCAUAGCUUUCCCCAGAGGGAAGGAGGUGGAGCCCAUGUAGAUCAAGGUUGGAUCAUCAGUCUACCUGCCAAGCUUCUGACCAGGUGUUGAACUCCCUACCCCACCCAGUGCCCAGCAUGAGCUUUCACAUAGUUGGUCCUUCCUAGAUGUGUGUUGAAGGACUCUUGGCCCUUAAUCUUAUAAAUGCCCCAUCAUCUGACAUUCAGAAAUCCGAAUUUGUGCAACACCCCCCCCACACCGAAUUCCCUGGAGAUGAAUAUAUGUGGGAAAUUCUUGGAUUUGGGGAAGUCUGUGGGUGCAAGGGUGAAAGAAGGUGUCCUUCAUAAUGUGUAGGAUGCUUCCUUGGUCCCAGAUUUCUCUCUGCAGGAGGGGUGACCUCUGGCAGCAUCAGUCCUAGGCUUUCUGUUGCCCUCUGGUCAACAUUUCUAUGUCCUGCUGUGCCUCAGGAGAGGGGCCCCAUAGGGGCAGAUCCACUGAGACAGCUCAUAAUGGGCCAACUCUGGGACUGAACCACUCUGAGUGUAAGGGGAGGGGGCGAGGGGUGGGAGGUCUUCUCCAGAUGUCUGCCAGUUACGUGUCUGUUCUGUAUGGGUCCAGCAGGGUUUCUAUCAUUGGCUAAUAAAUCUACAGGACACGAA